AUGACUGGUUUCAGAGUAGUUAUCGGCUCCGACGACGCCGGCGACGGAUACCGCUCGCUCCUCAAGGCCGAUCUCGAGGCCAACCCGCUCGUCUCAAAAGUGAUUGAAGUCAACAACGCGUCCAAGUCCUACGGCUCCGUCGCGAUCGAAGCCGCCGAGCUCAUCGCAAAGGGCGAAGCUGACCGCGGCAUCCUCAUCUGCGGCACCGGCCUCGGCGUCGCCAUCUCCGCAAACAAAGUCCCCGGCAUCCGCGCCGUCACCGCGCACGACUCGUUCUCGGUCGAGCGCUCGAUCUUGAGUAAUAACUGCCAGAUCCUGUGCAUGGGCGAGCGCGUUAUUGGAAAGGAGCUGAUGCGCAGACUGGCGAAGGAGUGGUUGACGUACACUUUUGAUCCCAAGUCGGCGUCGGCUUCCAAGGUUGACGUUAUCUCGAAUUACGAAAAGACUCAUUCUCUGAGCGCAUAG